UCCGAUCGGACGCGAUGUCGGCGUUGAGCCCAAAUUUCUAGUAAUCGACCGGUUUUUAAGCAAGUUUGAUGUCAUUCUAUCGUUAAAUCGAGGGUCUCCGACAUGGCAGGAAUAACGUACACGAAAUGAGAAAAAAAACGCGAACCUAACGUACAAACGUAAGACCGGAUGCGUAAUUUCAAGAUCGACCGAAAUGCCGUGCGAUGGGAAAAACCCUAAUUGCCAGAGAAGGCGGGAGCUUCUGGCGCAGCUGAAAUGCUUGGUCAGCUCCAUGGAUAGAAAAAAACCAUGCGAGUGGGACGAGUCAACGAGUUCGGCGCCCGUUUGCUUUCCAGCUUGCCCUCCCGCGGACGAUCCCUGUUGCAUCCCUCCGAGAGCGUGCAAAAGUUUCGAGCUCCGUGGCGGCGCGAUGUACAGGUGCGAGUGCAUCAAAAGAAACGGCUUGCAAGAUCGUUGCACGAUGUUCGACUGCAUGGGUCGACCGGAGUGCACGACGAAGCUGUACCCCGUGUGCGGGCCCGGUCGCGCGGCUCUCUUGGGACUCACCGACCUCGGCGAUGCCGAAGUCGCGCUGAGGAAGUACCGUUGCGCCGACGAGGCGAGGGAGGCGGCUUUGGCGGCUUAUUGCAGGUUAAAGUGUCGCAAUUCGUGUGGACCACCGCCUCCUCGUUGUCCGAAGUUCCCGGAACCAUCCUGGCCGCCUUGUCCGCCACCGGAACUGGUUAUCGGCCCUCCACCUUGCUGUCCUUUGCCUCGGGCGCGAUGCACGCCGUGCCUUGUUUACGCCCGUUGCCCUACGCCGUGGUGCUCGGUACCCAACCCACCACCUUGUUGUCCAGUACCUUGUUAAAUCAUCCAACGAAAGAUUAGAAAUUAAUCUUGUAAUCGUUUGAAA